UUAAGGAAAAAAAAAAAGAGAGAGAGGAGAAGAGAGGGAGGAAAAAAAAUUAAAAAAAAAAAAAACCACCCCGUCUCAACCCCGAGCAGCGCGCGGCUUUCAUAUAAAAAAACAAAACCCCCUCGAAAAAAAGCCCCAUUUCCCCCCAAAGCCGCCCCCGGGAUGUUCAACUCGGUGAACCUGGGCAACUUCUGCUCGUCGCAGGCGCGCAAGGAGCGCGGCGGCGGCGGCGGCGGCGGCACCGGCGGGGAUUUCGCGGAGCGCUCCAACCUUUACCUGCCCGGCUGCGCCUACUACGUGCCCGAGUUCCCCGCGGUGCCGCCGUUCGCCCCGGCGCGGCAGAUCCCGGGCUACCCGUACCCCGCCGUGCCCCGGGAGGUGCCCCCGUACGCGCUGGAGCCCCCCGGGAAGUGGCGCGGGAAUUACGCGCCCUGCUACGCGGAGGAGCUGAUGCACCGCGAGUGCCUCCCGCCCGCCGCCGAGGCGCUGCUCAAGGGCGACGGCGCCUUCCACCAUCACCAUCAUCAUCAUCACCACCACCAGCAGCCCCCGCCCGGCCCCGGCGCCGCCGCGGCCCCGCCGCCGCCGCCGCCCGCGGGGUUUUACCCGGCCGUGGGCAAGAGCUCGGUGCUGCCGCAGGGCUUCGAUCGAUUCUUCGAGAACGCCGCGCUGGGCGAGGGCGCGCCCGGCAGGGCGGGAGAGGCGCGGGGCGCGGAGGGGAACGCGCGAGAGGAGGAGGAGGAGGAGGAAGAGGAGGAGGAGGAGAGCGCCAAGCCCGGCUCGGCCUCGGCGUCCUCCGCGGCGGGGGCCAAGGAGGGCUCCAAGAGCGGCGCUCAGAGCGCCCCCAGGACGCGGAAGAAGCGCUGCCCCUACUCCAAAUUCCAGAUCCGCGAGCUGGAGCGGGAAUUUUUCUUCAACGUUUACAUCAACAAGGAGAAGCGGCUGCAGCUGUCGCGGAUGCUGAACCUGAGCGACCGCCAGGUGAAAAUCUGGUUCCAGAACCGGCGCAUGAAGGAGAAAAAGCUCAGCCGGGACCGCCUGCAGUAUUUCUCGGGGAACCCCUUGUUGUGAGGGAAAACCUCAAAGAAAAAGAAAUUUCCUUUUUUUUUUUUUUUUUUUUUUUUUUUUUUUUUUUUUUUUGUCGCUGUCUCAAUUUUUUUUGUGGUUUUUUUCCCCCUCCUUAUUUUCAAGGACUUGAACUCUACGGACUUUAUUUAAUUUUUAUUUUUUUUUCCCCACCAUUUUAUUAUUUUUUUUCCUCUCCCCGGACAGCUUGGGAUCCUUUUUGAAUGUGUAUAUAUAUAAUAUUAUAUUAUUAUAUUGUUAUUUUUAUUUUUAUUUUUUGUUCUCCUUCAGGCGCACACGGGAAUUUCGGCUCAGCCGCGGGGCUGCCCUGAGGGUUUCACUGAAAAACCCCAAAAAACCCCAAAAAAUUCCCCUGCAGGGCCAAAUCCCCAAAUCUGGGGCCUCCCAGGACCCAAAAAUGAGAAUUUUAGUCCCCAAAAAUCCCCAAAUCUCCGCGUUUUUAGAGGAAUCCCCCUCUGUGCGUGCCCAGCCCGGGGUUUGGGGCAGAAAAAUCCCAAUUCCGCCAAACCCGCGGGGUUUGUGCAGAAAUCCCGGCGCGUUUUCAUUCCCCGCUCUGAUUUUAUUUUAUUUGAUUUUAUUUUAUUGUCGUUGCUUUUCGGGAAAAGGGAGGCGAAGAAAAAGAAGAGGAGAGGGAGAAGAGGUUUAAAAACUCCCGGAAAAGGUGAAUAAAGGCACGCAAGGCGUUCGUGUGUGUGUAAAGCGGAAUAAAGACGUUGGGCCUGUUCUCCAUCAGGGUUUUAUUUGACAUUUUAUAGGAAUUCCCUCUCGUUAAGGCCUCCCUGCGGUCCUUGUGGGCCGGGGCUUCCCUGAAUUCAGGAAUUUCCUCCUCCCCGGCCCGGAUUCCCCGGGAUUCGCCCCAAAUUUCCGCCCCCGAGCUCGGCCUGGGGAGCGGCGGCCACUGGGAAUUUAUUGGUUAUUUAUUUUUAUUUUAUUUGAAUUGAAAUGCUGUUUUUAUUUUUUAUUUUUUAAUUUUUAUUUUGAAUUUUAUAUUUAUUUUGGUCUUAGUUAUUUUAUUUUAUUUUAUUUAUUU